GGAAGCUCAUAUGCCAACGCUGUAAUAUUUAUUAUAAAAUCGAAUCUCAACUGAAUUUAAACCUGCUUUCAACCUUGCACGAAGUCAAGACCAGGCAUCGCUACCGUUCCUGUGGUCAUCCUGCCGUGCACCAACGAACUUCCGGCUUCUCAGCUUGCCGUCUUUUGCCGUCUUGCACAGUUAACGUCUUCUCCAACUUCGGUCUGUUCUUUGGCUGCUCGUUCGCUGUUAGGUUGUGUUCUGCGGUCAAUCGUCAAUCCUUAUCCAUCCAGCAUUAUCAUGAAUCGCUUACAAAAAGACAUUAGAGAUCUUCUGGAGUGUAAUACCGAGAGAAACGGAAUUUCAGUCUGCCUGAAGGACGACAACAUGAAUGACUUCCACGCCUUCCUGAAGGGCCCAGCAGACACACCAUAUGCUGGAGGAACAUUCAAGCUUCGUGUUAUGGUGCCACCUGAGUACCCUGUGAAGCCCCCAGCUGUGACUUUCGUUACCAAGAUCUGGCACCCAAAUAUUUCUUCGCAUACUGGCUUUAUCUGUCUCGACAUUUUGGCCUCAAAAUGGCCUGGGUCAAUGAACCUCAGAGGGGUACUCCUCUCGGUGCAAAACCUUUUGGCGAAUCCUGAAAAAGAGGAUCCCCAGGAUAGCAUUGUUGGCCGCCAGGCAGUACGGGAUGAGAGCAUCUUCAUCCAAACCGCUCAAGAAUGGACCAAGGUCUAUGCUAAUGGCUGUCUCAGUGAUCCUGCUUUACAGCACGAAAUUGGCAAGUUGGUUGACAUGGGGUACGAUCGAGAUCUGGCACUUAGAGCUCUCUCUGAGUGUGAUUGGGACAUGGAUGAAGCCAUUGAAAAACUUGUGAUGUAAAUCUUUUUCGUAUCUUCAAACUUCUUAGCCUGCUAUUGCUUUAACGAGUUUACAAAAUAUCUGGCUUUUCUAUACUUGAUUGAUCAUGGUGUUCU